AAACUAGCUCAGAUGCAGAAAGCGAUAAUCUGAUCACUUUUCACAAACAUAUGACAGGGAUGAACACAUAGUCGAAGCUCAUUACAAAUUUCGUUCUAUAAGUACCUUACUCCCUAAUCCGAUGGGUCACAGUCCAGUUGCCUCGAUACUCAAUAGAUUUUGAAUGUAGCGCCAGUCCGAAUGCAGCUGGAACUUGACUAGAUGGGAGGAACCAAGACCAAGAUUCGGAGGUGGAAACAUCUGGUUUGGUACUUCUGUAUGUCCAUAUGUUCAUGAAUUAACUAUUGAGAAUAGGGUAUUAGAAAAACCUUACUUAAAAUACUUAAAAUACCUUAAAAUACCUUAAAUAUGGUGCAAAAAGAAGAGAACAGUGGAAUGCAUAUAGACUUGAUUUCCCAUUCACUUUAAGUUUGACAUGGACAAUCUGGUGCAGGCAAGGUCAUGAAAACAGUUGAAGAGGAAAGAAAUUCAAACUUAUACCCUGAUAUGCGUGAAGAAAAAAAAGUCUUUAUAAUCUAAUAAUAAGCUAACAAGAAGGAAAAAAAUUCGGCUAGGUGGCAUGGCUUUCCAGAGCACCUUUAGGGAACCAGUCUUUAGAGCGAUGCCUACUCAUUAACCACGCAUCAUAGAUAAAUCGUUCAACUUAUCUCCACAGGUUGCUGCGGAAUUGGAUCGUUCUGAGACUGCGGGGUUUCUGAUUGAUCGUUCAGCGGAAGCUGGUGUGGCUGACGACAGUGGAAUGACAGCUCUUGUUAUGAUGAUCAGCAAGAUGCCAAGUGUGGCCAAAGAAGCACUAAACCAGUUUUACUCCACUGACCGAGCAAACAGAAAACAAUACUUCCACUUAAACUACCUUGAGCCCCCAGUGCCGACCUGCAUGAGCAGCGGAUGCGCCAAGACAGCACUGGAGGUCAUUGUACAACUCAAGCAGUUCGAUUUAAUUAUGCAUCCAGUGAUACAGAGACUCAUCGCUGUCAAGUGGAAUUAUUUUGGGAAGCGAGGAGCCUGGAUCCAAGUCUUAACAAACCUGUUUUUCGUGAUAGUCUGGACUGUGCUAGGAAUCACUUUACCAAAUAACGCAGAAGAACUUUUUGAUCCAAUCGAGAAGAAAUGGUGGAGACUGGUGCUGAGCAUCAUAGCGGUUUUGAUGACGCUUAAUGCUAUCAGACAGGAAGUCAUGGAAUACUUCUCAUCCAAAAGAGAACACAGGCUUUGGUUAAAAUGGCGGGAAGAACAACUGAGGAGCGAUCUGGAGUUCUGUCAUCCGAGAUGGCCUGGGGAGAGGUUGUACCUGAUGCAGGAAAUUGACUUGUUACAGCAUCAAGAACCUUCUUAUCUGAAAGACGCCUGGAACUUUGUCGACUGGCUGGCUUAUUUCAUGAUUCUUGCGUCCAUAGCAACGAAGUUGAUAGCCUAUUUCCAUGGCGACCCACUGGCAAUGAUCACACAUGUGAAUGUUCUAUCUGCAACACUAGUGGUGCUCUGGAUUCGUCUCAUGAAGUAUGCGCGCGCAUUUACCGCCCUGGGUCCCUUUGUAGUCAUGCUCGGUCAUGUGAUCUACGAUGUGCUCAAGUUCGGAUUUCUGUUCUUUACAUUUUACAUUCCGUACGCGGCGUCAUUUUGGAUGGUGUUUAGUAGACAUGAGGUCGAAGGUUACUCCUCCAUUACUGACCUACUCUUCAGCAUGUUUAGGAUGACUGUUGUGGACGAGUAUAAUUAUGAUGGGCUCUCAAAAGCAAAGCCCAUCAUGGCUAAAGUACUUUGUGGUACGUACAUUGCUUUCUCAGGUGUGAUUUGCCUGAAUCUGUUCAUCGCUUUGAUGUCUGACACCUUUCAAAGGGUUUACGACAAUGUCAAGGCUAAUGCCGUCAUGCAGCAAGCCAGCACCAUCCUGACUUUGGAGAAAAAUCUGUCCGCUUCGAAACGGCGCGCGUUCACGAAUUACAUCUACACAAGGUGCAGCCCAGAGGAACUCUACUACGAUGAUGAUUCGUCGGAGGGGGAGGAGAGAGAUCUGCAAAGAAUGACGCAUCAAAUAAAAGAGCAAGUUGAUCACAUUUCUGCGCACAUAAGUGAACAAGAGAACGAGAGGAAAAGGAAAGGAAAUGCUUCAACUAACGAUAUACACAAACUGCGUGAAGAUUUGAAGAAAUUGGAACAACAACAAAGAGCCUUAACAGCGCAGUUUCACAAUCAGAUAGGGGAAGUCAAAGACAUGUUGGGUGAUGUUAUUCAUACUCUAGGCAAACGAAAAAAGAAGAAACAUUGAAAAACACUUUUUAUCGCCAUGGAACUACGAGACAAUUGUUACUCAUUGCAUGGGAAAUCCCAAUGGUACUCUUGAUAAGCUUGAAGGCUCAAAGCUGACCAGUCUCAAGAGAUGGAUUAUUUUAAGACCGGGCUGUUGGAACAGUUAAUUAAGACUUCAUUUGUGCUCUGAAUUCAACUCGAACAUUUUCCAUAGCAACAUAGCGUGGCUCUCAUGAGUCAAUGAUAAAGCGUCCAGGAAACGAAAGGUCAUGCCUUUCAGUCCAUUAAGAAGAUCUCAGAAUCCUUCUUCCGAGCAGCUUCUGUCAUUGACUAACAUUGGUGUUAUCAUAUUGCGAUUUUAAACGCCCUAUCAUAAAAAAACAAUGGACUAAGAGAAAGGAGCCUUGAGGUAGUGUAUGGAAAAGUACUUUCUCCCGCCUCGCUCGUGCCAUGACUUCGUGAGCCGGAAGCAGUCUUUCCUCGCGAGUAUUGCUAACAAUUUUGCUCACGGAGUUUUAUUUCCGUUUUUAUUUCUUGGAAAAUAGUCGCUGAAUUAGUCAUCGAAGUGGCAAAUAAGCGUACGAUAUAUUCGUGAAAGUAUAGAGACAAUCGACUGGUUUAAGAAAUAUUUAUUAUGCAUUGCAACAUGAUAGUCAACGUCAACGAUUGCGAUCAUUUACAAAAAAUAAUCCUUGAAAUGGUUUCUUAGAUUUUAGCAAUUAUUUAAUGCUUUAGCUGUAAACAGAGAUAAAAACUCUGAAAUAAGACCAUCAAAUUGUUUCGUAUCAAGUGUUAGUCAGGCCUGCUUCGCGCUGGCGAACACAUGAUUGUUUUGAAUUGGUUUUGACUAUAUUGCAUUUUGAUUGCAUAAGAAUAUGCCUCAUACGAACCUCUAUAUUUGAUGGCAGAUUCCUUCAGAGGGUCUUUCUCGUCGCCAGCUUAAUAAAACGGAUCUUUACUUAUACUCAUGCUGUUACCCACCAGUUAUAUUGAAAUAAAAUAAUCUGAUUAUUUUA